GCGUGCGCGGGCGGCGGUGGCGGCGGUGGCGGCGGCGGCGGCGGCGAGCGGCCAGUGCCUACGGUGCCGGGCGGGCGGGUGGUGUCCGGAGCGGCGCGGGACGGCGGUGCGGCGCGGUGUCGAGUGACCGCUCGAACGGACCCGAGCAGCAUCUUCCAAACAGUCGGACACGAGCAGGAGCUGUGAGAUCCGACCGGCGGGGAACGAACACGCAGCCGCUUCAUCGGACCUGAUCAGAACACAGGGUCUGUAGCUGAAGCGCGUGACCGCGGACAGCAUGCGGCCCGUGACUGCCGGCGCCGCCGCACUAUGGCCCAGCUGGCAGUGCCCGUCGUCAGUCAGCAGCCCCCAGCUCCCUCAAAACGCCGCCGUCUGAACACACUGCUAGACAAACUGACCCUCGGCGCCGGCCGCGACGAUGUGCACCCUCCCGCGGCCUCUACACUGAGCCAGCAGGGUACACUAACGCCACCUGUGGCAGUCAAAAGCAGUCCGGCAGCGCCACCUAUGUUCGCCCGUGCCGAGUCGGAGGCUCGGCCCGGGGACGAGGGCGCAGCGAUGCCGCCGGCGCGCAGCCCGCGCCCCAUCUCGUCGGACGUGUUCCGGUUCGACAGUCUGGACCGGGAGCGGUUCGCGUGCCGCGCUAUCUCGGAGGAGGAGGAAGAUGUGUUCUCGCCGGCCUCGUCGCGAUCGACGCACUCGUCGCUGGACAGUCCGUUCGUCGGUCAGGGCUCGCCGCGGCCCGGCCUCAGUCCGCUGCGGGUGAAAGAGGAGCCUGGUAUAGAGACAGAGGUGAAACUGGAGCCCCACUCGCGCUCAGGCGGCUCGCCGGCGCGGCUGCACGUGGUGAGCUGUGAGCGGCUCAAAGGAGCUCACCGGCUCAGUGUGUGUAGCUGCCCCCAGUGCGCGGCCGGCGGUGACGAGGUGCGCCUGGACGCGUGCCGGCUACCGGCGGGCUCACCGCUGUCACCACUUACCCCAGUGAGCCCAGCGUCGUUGUCACAGUCGCCACUGCCGCUCGAGUACCUGACGCACCUCUCGGAGCUCUACCGUCGGCGCAGUCACUCCGACUCUGACCUGAGCUCGUGGCUGGAGCCGCCGGCGCCGACACCGGCUCGGGGCUCCGUGCUGCGCCAGGGCCGCCGCUCGGCGCCGCGACCGCUGCGAAUCCCCGGCAAGUCGGGCUCACUAGAGUCGGACCAGUCUUCACCGCAGGAUUCACCGCUGGAUCUGUCACUGCGCUCGGGAAAACCGGCCGGCGCGGGUGCGGCUGCGACGCCGAACACCCCGUCCUGGGAGCCGGCGGCGCACCCGCUGCUCGGGCUGCACCCGGCCAGCCUGCACCCGCCAAUACCCAUCGUACGUGGGGACGUGGCGUCACCGACCACUCGUGACUCUGUGGCUCUCCGGUAUAACCUAGAAGUGUGUCCGGUAGUCGAGCAGAUGCCUCCCGGCGCAGACGUGGCCUAUGUGUGUCCCGUGUGCGGUCAGAUGUUCUCUCUGCACGAUCGGCUCGCUAAACACAUGGCCUCCAGGCACAAGAGCAAACCGGCUGAAUCCUCCUCCAAAGCGUACAUGUGUGAGACGUGUAAGCGGUCGUUCGCUCGCAGCGAUAUGUUGACCCGGCACAUGCGACUGCACACGGGCCUCAAGCCGUACACGUGCCGUGUGUGUGGCCAGGUAUUCUCUCGGUCUGAUCACCUGUCCACACAUCAGCGAACUCACACCGGCGAAAAGCCGUACAAGUGCCCUCAGUGUCCGUACGCCGCCUGUCGGCGUGACAUGAUCACCCGUCACAUGCGUACUCACGUAUCCCGAUAUGAGCUAUCAGAGAGCGGUGGCAGCGUGGACGAAACAGCGCCGCCGCCGUCGCCUCGAGCUCCGCCGCGGCGAGCUAACUCGGAGGAGCAGCCGCCUACCUACCUGCGCCACCUGUCAGCGACGAUCGGAAGCGUCCAGGAGGCGCCACCGUCGCCGUCGGCAGCUCUCCAGUCGCUGUCCGUGCAGAGCCCAGCGCCAAUGGAGACGGGAGAGCCGGUCGACGACAGCUAACCGCACGGCGCGGUGGAGGAGGUGCUCACUGGGUGCUGCUGUCCCGGAGCGACCAGGCUGUCCCUCCCUGAGGCACCUGUCGCUCUCCCCGGCGGCAGUAUUGACUGUUACGGAGUUUUGAGAGCGGAGCCUGGCUCUGCCGGCAGCUGCCGCUGGUGCCAUGGCUGCACCGUUUGUUGAUGUUGGUCUUAUUUUGCUCAAGCAAGACGGCGUGCGCGCUCAGGCUGGUCCUGGGCGGAGUCGAACAAAUGGUGCCGUCGGUUGGGUACAAAGCGUGUGGAGGACGGCCCCCGUCGCCGCCCAGUGACAUUGUGUGCAAGAUCUUAUUGGCGGGUGGUCGUCGGAUCUCAUGCUGUGCGGGCGCUCCGUCAGACCCAGUCUGUCACGUGUUCUCAGGCCAUGUCAUUGCUUCGGUUACCCUGUGUCGAUAUUGUUUGCCACCUCGUUUACAAGUCAUCCGUUCUGAUUUUGUUGUGCUAAGUUAGCUUAUCAUUUCCCGUACCUACUUUUCCUGAUACCUGGUUUGAAACCGUAAAGUUCUGAGUUACACACUGAUGUAGUGCUUGCUUGUUACGUAGAUUCAUCAACCUUUACCUUUGCUCCAAAUACGCCAGUUGCCGUUGUCAAUAUCAAUUAUCCGUGCUCGAAACCUUCAGUCCGGUUGUAUUGAUUUUGAAACAUUAUUGUUGAAGCGAAGCUGCCUUUGGUUAUCGGUGUUGAGCUGGUUGUUUUCGGUAGGGAGUGCACCGAAGGAGGCAGAUUUGACCGUCCGGUGAUAGCUACUGCCGUUCGCUCGUGACCUGUGACCUGUCGCCGAGGCCUUGUUGGCCUCUUUGUCGAUGGCUCAGCAGGUAACCGCUCGAAGCCGAAGCUGGUUGGCCGGGUUAUGAAGUUCGCCUCUCGUCUCAGCGCCUUGCGGUCGAGAGAAGCGCUUAUUUUUGACCGAGUGACACCAACUUGCUCCAUCUCGGUCGGUGCCAUAAAAAGUAUUUUACCAGACAUGUGAGACUUUUCAAAGAGACUUCGCGGUUCCGGUUUACAACGGUGAAAGUUGUAUUCAACCAUUCAAAUUACUUAUGUGGAAUUUAUUGAACUACUCAAAGUUGAUGGCUGUAGCCUUGUUACGAGUGUGUGCCGUUCUACUGGUAGGUCGGGUGUGGCAGCCGAGCCGCUGCCUCCCUGCUGCCGGGGCCAUUACCUCAGCACUGCACCGGCGGUGAGUGGCCGGACAGGGCUCCUCAGAGGGACAGCGCGGCCCGCUGGCGGGCGCGCCACCCCGCCCCGACCGGCGCCACACGCGUGCCGGCUCCACUGUUCCAUACGUCCGCCUGCCAUGUUCAGUUGUUCACCCGCCCCGGCCGUUGUCGAGAGGGCAGAGAGAUGAGUGUUCUCUGGUCCCGUGGCAGCCCGCUCAACAGGCAGAGGUCGAGCUGCACAGAGCGGCGGGGCGUUGUCGGAUAAUGCUGUCUGUUCAUGUUGUAGGGACUGGUGAUCGAUUUGUGACUUCAUGUCCGCCGUUGGACGCUUGUAUUUUAAUAAAUGAUUUUAAGGAACUGCUCA